AGAGGCAAAGGUACAUGGCAAAGUAAUGUGCUACAUUUAAGCAUCGUCAUAUUUUUACAAGUAUGAAACAGAAAGAGUCAGUAGUGUGCUUUAUUACGGCUUUAUUAGAAAACAAAGAAAAACAUGUCCAGUAAAACAGGAAACAACUACGUUGCCAGUUGCAAUAUCACUUGUCUCAAGUAUUUCAAUGUACAUUUGGUCAGAAAAGUCUUUGUAUAGGCUACUCAAGCUGCACUUCAAGACCUGACUGAACUUAAUAUAAAGGCUUUAUUCAUCGUUCAUCGCAUAGGGUGCAUUCGGAGCUUUGGUUUCGAUUGCUUGUAGAUAAACGCUCACUUCCCUUCUGUAAUUUAGCCACUUCAUUAUCCAGUAAGGAUAACCUGUUAACUGAUUUCGAGAAAGCAAAUGAUUCAGUUCGCGACUGAACCGUUCGAACGAUUCAGACUGAAUCGCGAAGCGCGUUUGAGAGGUUCAUCGAAAAGAAUCGACUCAAACGAAUGAUUCAUUCGCGAAUCGGGCAUCGCCGCUUCUGAUUCAAAACAGACAGACAACAGAAAAUAAAAGGCACGAAGCUUGAAAGCUCAGUUAUUGUCAGGGAAAUGCAUCGCUAAACAGACCUUCGCUAUUGAAAAGCGACACGACCCGCCUCAACCCUACCAGAUAGCUACCAAGAAUUAUAGUUGAACUAACAGUUUAACCAGUCGAGGCAUUGUUCAAAGGUUGAUACUUCGUUGCAAAGGAUGCCAUUGCCAGGAUAACAACAACUGCUACUGUAUCAACCUUCUGAACAGUAAAGUUGGGAGUGUGGCGGUCAUAUCGCACAGCGCUUCCAGCGCUCUCGCGCGCGUCCGAUGUAUUUUUAACCCUCGGUUGCUGCAUUACCGGAGUCCCGUCCACCCACGUGCUUCAAAACGCGGAGACGGAGGCAGCAAAAACGCACUUUCUGCGGCUCCGAGCGCAGCGACAGGGGGCGUCCGACGCGUUGCCGAAGCGCAGGCGGAGUACAUUGUGUCUCUGAUCAGUCCUGUGCAUAAGCACCGUGAGCGUUUGACUCUUUGGCUGCAGCGGCGACUGCAUGCCCUGCGUGCAGCUAUUGAGUACGAGAGCUGUGCCGUGGUGCAGGUGAGGGACCAUGCACUGGAGCUUCAGGGAGGUCAUGCGCAGGUAACAGCUGCAUGCGCUAUGCUGCAGCGCCUGAAGAUGGAGCACCGUGGCUGCCGCGAACCCCAGCCCUUGCCCGCUGCCACCGGCCACGACUCUCCAGAAGAAGAGGAGGAGGAGGAUGAAGAUGCCGGGGAAGAUGGGAGCAGUUCUGAGAGUGACGGAGAGGCGCGGUCACGGAGCGGGAGUUCUGGAGGCGCUGGCAGCGUGGCAGGGUCAGGAGAAGGAGCGACCGGAAGGAGGCAGGACCCACUCAUAGCAACCAAACCUCACCGGCAGCUGUGCCGCUCAUCCUGUUUGGACCGUCCCAGCUUCAGCCAGAGCUGCACCUUACAGGAGUUACGUGCAGAUGACACCCAGAGAGCCCAAAUGCCCUUGCGUCAAACCAGCGAUCGAGAUUACCAAACCAAAAUAGACUUUGCUCUGAAACUGGGCUACUCAGGAGAGCAGGUGGAGACUGUGCUGAGUAAACUGGGGUCCAGCGCACUAAUCAAUGAUGUAUUGGCCGAGCUGGUACGGCUAGGGAAUAAAGGAGAUCCAGAGAACCAGGCAGCAGCGAGCACUGCCGGUUUAACACCACGGGCGGUGGGAGCCAAAGAAGCCGUCAGCCCCGAAGCAUCGCUGGAGGAAGACACAUCAGACACGUAUGACAACCUCCGACCAAUUGUGAUUGAUGGAUCCAAUGUUGCCAUGAGCCAUGGAAACAAAGAGGUGUUCUCAUGCCUGGGCAUUCAACUGGCUGUUGAUUGGUUCCUGGAGAAGGGCCACAAAGACAUCACAGUUUUCGUCCCAGCAUGGAGGAAAGAACAGUCAAGACCUGAUGCACCAAUCAAAGAUCAGGAGAUCCUACGGAAAUUGGAGAAGGAAAAGAUCCUCGUAUUCACGCCGUCUCGCAGAGUCCAAGGCCGACGAGUGGUUUGCUACGACGACCGUUUUAUCGUCAAGCUGGCUUGCGACUCAGACGGGAUCAUCGUGUCCAACGACAACUACCGAGACUUGCAGAAUGAGAAACCAGAGUGGAAGAAAUUUAUUGAGGAACGACUCCUCAUGUACAGCUUCGUCAACGACAAGUUUAUGCCUCCGGAUGAUCCUUUAGGCAGACAUGGACCCAGUUUGGAAAAUUUUCUCCGCAAACGACCAGUGGUUCCAGAGCACAAGAAGCAGCCGUGUCCUUAUGGUCAGUACAGCAAAAGUAAGAAGUGCACGUAUGGCCAUAAGUGCAAGUACUACCACCCAGAAAGAGCCAACCAACCACAGCGGGCUGUCGCAGACGAGCUCAGAGCCUUUGCCAAACUCUCCGCUGUAAAGACAAUGAGUGAGGGGGCACUUGUCAAAUGUGGGACCUCUGGUUCUGCUAACAAGGGAGACGGUAGCUCUGAGGCAAAGCGAGUGGCACCCAAGCGCCAGUCUGACCCUAGUAUCCGGUCAGUUGCGUGCGAGCAAGAAGAGAGACUUUGUCCAGCGCGGAAGGCUGAGGCCAAUUCGGUACCAUCAUUAGUUUCGGCGCUUAGCGUUCCAACUAUGCCGCUGACGAAAAGUCACGCGGCAGGCGCUCUGAACACGCGCUCGGCGAGCAGCCCUGUUCCAGGGUCUCUGCACUUUACCCACAGCUCGCUCGAGCAUGCGGGCAGCGUCCAAUAUCCCCCCAUCCUAGUCACCAAUAGCCAGGGCGCCUCUGUGGCUUACGGUGAGCCGUUCCCCAAGUACGACUCUGUUGUAAGCGACCACGGCUACUAUUCCAUGCUCAGUGACUUCUCCACCAUCAGCCUCCAAGACAGUUUCUGCAGUCUUGAACAGCCAGAGCCUGUAGGGGUGGGUGGAGGAUAUCCUGGCAGAGCCAGCAUGUGCCAAGAACCCGGCCGAAGUCAUUCGUCGGACUCCUUCUCGUCCUACAGUGGAGAGAUGUACCUCAACUCAUUGGAGGGCAGCCUGGAUGACAGCAUGAAAGGGCCACCGUCGCAGACCCAGACACAACCUUCGGCGCAAACGCGCCUUCAAGCCUUUGCUCACGGUUUCCACCAUGAGGCCUUGACACGUGUGCAGAGCUACGGAACGGAUGAACCCAAACCGGGACCUCGAAAGCAGUCCUCUGCCCACCUUGCACCACACUCCCAACACCCGGUUGUCGGCACCCGAUCCAGCUGCCCAGGAGACUACCCUCCUGUGUCCCAGAACGUGUUGCCUUCUGCCAGCCCUUCCCAGCAGGGUCGGUCCUUAGGCAUGACUCGAAUGGACAGUAUCUCUGACUCACGGCUCUAUGAGAGCAAUCCGCUGCGCCAGCGGAGACCUCCUCUUUGCCGAGAGCAGCAUGCUAGCUGGGACCCUUUGCCGUGUGGUAACGAGCCCUACAGUUACGGAGGCUACGGAUUAACUGGAGCCCUCAUGCCUUGCUGUGAAAGGGUGAUGGUCCGCAGCAUGCCCGAGAAGAUGGAGCAGAUCUGGAGGUCCCCGUGGGAUAGUGUGCCGCCUCCACCGCCCAGCGCUCGUGGGCCAGCGGAGGAACCCCAAGAGCGGCACCCUAUUCCAGAACACCAAUAUCAAACCUACCGAAACCUCUGUAACAUCUUCCCGGCGUAUGUGGUCCAUUUGGUCAUGGAGGAGAACCCUCACAUGACCGAUCCCCAGCAGCUGGCUGCCGUCAUCGUCACUAAACUGCGCACUUGCCACUAAGCACAUCACGAAAGGCUGCUAACAACACCUAGUGAAUGAGAAAUCGGACACCUUGAGAAUUUUGUAUUUUUGUUUCGCUCUGAAGAAACAGCCAUCCCUCGUGUGUAAUUAUGAUUGGAUCCAUUAGAAGGUUUGCUAGCAUGAUAGUAUUGAUGCUGCACUGGUUGUUAUGUCAUCUGUUAAGCCAUAUGGGAGCCUGGAUCUUGUAUCUAAGAAGUUUAGCAUAGAAACCUGAGAUCCCUCGUAAAAAAGUCCACCGUUCAGUUCCUGAGAUGGGCCAAAAGGUUGUUCAUAAAGCAGACUCGAAAGUGUAUCUACAUUGAGAGAGCAACUGCCUGCCAGUUUGAUGGCAGAUCUUGAGAAUGUCUUCUUUUGUUGGUGAUGAUAACAUUUAUCCUUUGAAAAAGAGUUACAUAAGAGAAAUCUCUUUGGUAAAACCGAUCAGAAAUGAUCCUGCACAAUAUGAAUAGUAUUGUGUAUGUAUAUGUGUAUUCACUUGCAUUUGCGUGUAAAUAUGACGUGACACCGUGGUGUGUUUUUUUUGGUGUGCGUGAUGACUUGAUGUGUGAUUUCGGAAAGAGGAAUGAACGCUUGCGGACCUCUUUUAUGGCCUUACAUUGGAGUGACCUCACCACAUGUUAAUGUGAAUAGUGCUUAAUAGCUGUGGAGGUCGCUGUUUUGCAUUUAUUUUAUAAAAGCGAGCACUGGGACAGAAAGGUUUAGAUUCUGCUGUGCUGCGAUUCAGACUUUUUAACUGGCUGGGCUGUAACUGCAAACCUGCCCUGCGAUGUCUGUUCGCGCGCAUGCACAGAUGCGUAUUUACGAAGCCAUUUUCAAAGAUUGAGCCAAAAAGAUAAUCAGUGUACGCUUUUCUGAUCUGAAAGCACUAGAUAUGUCUAGUGGAGAAGUUGUUCUUAUGUAUUUCCUAAAUGUUGUUGUUGUAUUGUAGAUUUCAAGAGAGAUGUUUGAGUAAGCAUGGGCUUCAGUAAAUCUCUCCCAGACAGCAUGUUAGCACUAUGCUCGACAGAGAGCGCCGCUCACGUUUGACUCGUUAGUCAAUAACUACGUUCAAGUAUUCACAAACUGGGGAGGAGAACUCGUCUCUUCGGCAAAAUGCUCCUGUGCAGCAUCUGUUUCCUGAUUGAUGCCGAGAGACCGCCCCGUUUCAUCUGCUCCGCCCUGUAAAUUAACAUAUCUUCAGGAGAGUGUGAAUGUUAUUGGUCCAGAGAUGCUCUGGGUGUUUUCAAAAAGACUUAAAUUGCUCCUUCAUUUUUUUUUCAUGAGCACAGGUGUGGCCCCGUGGGGCCCCGUUACUGCUCGUGGGAAGGUGUGACACACUGCCUACCUGUCUCUUCCUGUGCGACACACACACGGAACACCAGGCUGUUGUUGGGUUGUUUCUGACAUUUGGCUGACAGUUCGCUUGCUGCCUUUCUACCGCCCCCGACCCUGCUUCGACGUGGAUACAAAACCCAACCUCUCAGCUCUCUAAUAUGAACACAAACUUCUCCUUCCCCUUAGUUUUGUUUUUCAACAGGGUUCUUCCAGGAGGCUAUUAAUGAUUUUUUUCUUUUUACAAUCGUAUUAUAGGUUUUUUAAAUUUUUAAAAAAAUAAUUAUUUACACAUUUUAGGCCAGAAACAUGUUUACGCAAGUACAUAAUUGUAGACACCAAUGCUUGGUCGGUGAAAUCAUGGCAACUUUUGGCUUACUUAAACAUUUAUUUAUUUAUUUUUUGGCUAAUAGCACCACAGGAAUGUUCACAUUCCUAAAUCCUUCCUUAGUGUCCGUCUUCAACUGUGACAUUAAAGGCAGCAGGUGACAAAAUAUUACAUUUCACAUUUUUACGAGCUUUUAGAAAAUCGGAAAGUGUCAAGAAUCUAUUAUAAAACAAAUGUUAAUGUUUUUAUUUUUUUUAUUUUAUGCUCUAAUAAUUGGGCAUUUAGUAUUGCCUGCUAUAGUACCGGUUGUGGCAGAAUUGCAAUUCUGUUCUGAAUUGUGCCGCAUUUUGGAAUGCAGUGAUGUGAAAUCCAGCUAGAAGUGUAAAGGUGUGGACACAUUUAAUGUUGUUUGGCAAAUUUUUGUGGGAGAAAUGUAGUCAUUUCAAUAGGAAUCCACAAGAUUGGGAAUUUAUGCAAGGCGAUAAAUUCCCCCAAACAGAUUUCGCAAUGAGUUCAAGAAGUUGGUCACACACAUUGACAGUAGACAUUUUUGCCCGCCAACCUUCGCUAAUGUGACCGCACUUUUAGUGUCAUUGAUGUACUUACGCAGUGUAUGUUUCAGGCCUAAAUGUGUAUUUUUGUUUGUGAUGGAAGCAUUUUUACGGUUGGGUUUCUCCUUUUCCCCUUCUCCUCUGAACCUGGGAGCAAACAAUCCUGAAGGAGGUGUUUCUAGAGCAAUUUAGAAACGAAUUUCUUGUAAAUUACGACAUUGCUGUCCGCUGCUUAUGCUCCGAGGUUCAGACCCCUGUGCAGUUGAGCAGCAAGCUACCACACAACAAAUGUCCAGAAACGACCUUUUGCUUGUUGAUACAAAUUGUAUCUAUUUCUUGAUUGUAAAAAAAAAAAAAAAAAAUAUAUAUAUAUAUUUCUGAGCUGUACAGUAUCACUUAUAUGAGUAUAUAUAUAUCUAUAUAUAUUUAAAAAAAAGCUUAGUUUUGUUUAAAAAAAAAAUGAUAAGAAAUAUAAUGCCAUAAUGUCAGUGAUACCGUGUGUCACUCGAGUAGCCCAUAGAGAUGGCUUAUUUCCUGCCGGGCAGACCACUACAGACAGGGAUCUCUCUCUCUCUCUCUCUCUCUCUCUCUCUCUUUCAUUUCUUUCUCCGUCCUCUCAUACCUCCUUCACUUCUCCAUGCCUCGAAAAUUUGCUGUUUGAUGAUUAUUAUGGAAAGUGAAAGUUUAACUCAGUGGAGCUGAACUUCAUUGCUGUUUGACUGAAGGAUUCGUAGGGCGUGGCUUUAUAUAUCAUCAUUCAGUGUCUCUCUCUUAAAGGUGUAGAUUCAGGAGAGACGCAUUCUGACACAAUCUGUGUGCUCCUAAUAUAUUUUUCCUCUGUAAAUAUUGAAAAUUAAUGUCAAACCUCUUGUAUUUGCACAGUAUUAGUGCAUUUCACGUACAUAAAGACACUCUACCAGCUUAUCCGAGCAGGAUCUCUCUCAUACACACUUAAGACUCGAUGGGUUGCCUGACAACCGCAGUCAGCUGAUCACAUGCUGUCAUUAGUACUGAUAGGACUAAUGUAAAAUGUUGACUAUUGUGUGCGCUAGUGUGAAUUUAUGGUAAAUUCACCGCUGUUUCACCUGUAAACACCUGUUUACCUCCUACAGUAAAGACAUGGAGGCACAUUCCAGGUUGAAGAGGAGACUUUAAUUGAAUGGAAUUUGCACAAUGGUUUUAUUUCAUUUUAUUUAGCAACUAGGUGAGUUUGAGCAGUAGAAGUUGAUGCCACAUGCACACACUUUCUCUCUUGAGUGAAAUGUGAGCUUUAUCUGAGUGUCGUACUGAAAGAUGUCCACACAAACACAUGAACACGCACCUCGUAACCUGCCUUACAGUUUAACUAAUGUUACUUUGGUUUGUGAGAGUCGAGCACAUUCUGACUGUACAGCGCCGAGGCAUUGCGCUUCUUGCUUGUUUGUUUUUUUUUCUUUUCUUUUCUCAUAAGCAGAAGUGCUAAUGAGAAGAAGUUUUUCGGUUUCAGCUCUUUAUCUCUAUUGGCGUCUGAAUGGACAACCUGAUUUAACUGCACAAACUGCCGAUUUUUCGGACUAUGUUUGGCUAGAAUGUCCAAGAAGAAUCUACAGGACAACUGGACAUGCCCAAAGGAGAAAAAAACAUGAAGAAAAACACUCAAACGGGCAUUUCAGACUAUCAGAAGAGAUGAUUUCUCCCAUGGCCGGUUGCAGAGCUGAUGUAAUCUGUACAUUUACAUCUAUGUUUUCAAUAUUGAAUACACCAGCUAUAACUCGCUCACACAAACACUCUCACCAACAGAUUGAUUCUCAGGAACUAACAGAUGUAUUAUUAUUUCAGCUCCUUUAUGAAAGACAUUAUCUUUGAUGUUUGCUCUUAUAAAACUGCGGCGAUUUGUGAAGUAGUGUGGAUGAUCUUGAAAAUGUGUUCUUAAAUUCGAGUUUUGCCAUUCAUUUAACAUUUCCCCCUUGUAUUGUGGGUUUUUUCGCGCCUUUGCAGGCUGACUGAGUGGUCUUAACACUUUUGAGUCUCGUGCUGUGAUGAUGACAACAUACAAUAGUAUGUUUUACUCUCUACUGAAUGAAACAUGUUGCUUUUAAACCUGUUUUCAAUAUGACAAAAACAUGAACCAAAAAAAGAGAAAGAAAAAAGAAAGUGAAAGGGUGGAAGAACUUUAUAACGCUUUGGGUCUGUGGACUCAAACAAAAUGUAAGUCUCAAUGACAAAAGGUGUUUGUUCCUCUCAAUAAAGCCAGACUCUAUUUG